ACGUAACUAUCAGUCAUUAUGGAAAAUAAGCAGGUGCAUUAGACUUUGCAGGAUAAAGCUGCGUUCCUGCAUUCAAAACAGCUCAGAUGAGUUGAAAGAGCUCUGAUUGACAGUAGUGUGCAGCAGGAUGAUUUUUUAUUUUUUUUUAAGCAGCCAGUGUAUGAUUACAGUUAUAAAAGGCAACGGGCAGCAGGUGUUAGUGUGUAGCUGUGAAGUUUUAUCUUGGAAUAACAGUAAACACAGCAGCAGAAGAGCUCCAACCUCCUUUAAAGAAGAAUGUCUCUCAGGAACCCGCCAUAUGAGCCCCCUUCUGUCUCUGAGCUGCAGCAGUUCCUGCUGGCAGACAGACGGCCCACUGGGCACGUCAAUCAAGUUUGGCCUAACCUUUACAUCGGCAACGAGGUGGCAGCUCGUGAUAAAGGCAUUCUCCACAGUUUGGGCAUAACUCACAUUGUAAAUGCUGCUCACGGACCUCCCAACCCCAGUCCAGGACCCUGUUUCUAUGUCAAGACUGGCCCUCGCUUCUACAGAGACAUGUCAGUGGAUUACUAUGGAGUCGAGGCUGAUGAUGCAAUAGAUUUUAUCCUUAGCCCAUUUUUUUACCCAACAGCACGAUACAUCAGAGCAGCGUUGGGCAUGGGAGGACGCGUCUUUGUCCACUGCCUGAUGGGUGUGAGCCGCUCAGCUACAUUGGUCCUCGCCUUCCUGAUGAUAUGUGAGGGACUGCAGUUGCAGGAGGCAGUGGCUGCCGUUAGGGUACACAGAGACAUCUGCCCCAAUCCGGGCUUCCUGCAGCAGCUCCGGAGCCUGGACAUGAGCCUGGAGAGGGAGAGGAGGAGACAGAGACAGGCUGAAAGAGUUGGUCACUUAACCUCACAGUUGGAAACACCAUCACUGACGGACUUGAGGCAAAUGAUCUGGCUCAACAGGAAGCCAGUGGAACCCGUUGAUCAAGUGUGGCCAAACCUGUACAUCGGAAAUGAGGCUGUAGCUUGUGACAAAGCCAUACUCUCGUCUCUGGGCGUAACUCACAUCGUGAACGCUGCAGCAGGCCGACACCGGAUCAACACGGGCCGGCAGUUCUACAGUGAUCUUGAUGUGGAAUAUUACAGCGUUGAGGCGGCGGACCAUCCAGAGUUCAACCUCCAUCCCUACUUUCUCCCCACUGCACAGUUCAUAGACGGUGCCCUAAAGAAAAACGGGAAGGUGUUGGUGCACUGUGCCAUGGGAGUCAGUCGUUCUGGAGCGCUGGUUUUAGCGUAUCUGAUGAUCUGCCACGGCCUGUCUUUAGUGGAAGCCAUCAUCGCUGUGCGUUUGACCAGAGAUAUUGGACCCAACAGUGGAUUUUUGGAGCAACUCAUACAGACUGACCUCAGCCUCAAAGUAGACAGACCACAAACCCCAAAGCACUGUGAUUUGAUAGGUCACGUUUGAAUCGAUUAUUAUUAAAUAAAAAAAUUGGA